AUGGCAAUAUUCUGCCCGACCGCGUUUGCUGAGAGCCACAUUGACUACAAAAACUUGUUCCAAGAGCCAUUCUGGCCGGUGAUAGACAAGGACCUCAACGGAACAUCCCACUGCCAGUAUGACUAUACCGGAGACAGAGUAACGCCAAAUGUAUCAUGGAGCUGCUUCAAAUUGAAGCGCGUCAACAGCGCGAUAAAAUACGAGUGGAAGCAGCCCAGCCUCCAUAUUACCUGGGACCAGCAAACAGGGAGACAAGUAGUAUACAUAUUCGACUUUCCACUUUCAGCAGACACAAAAGAGAGAAAUUUCCUCGGAGAGCUCCCAUCCCCUGAAGCAAGAAAGCACAACCCCUUCGCAUGGCACGCGGCCUUCUCCAGGUGCAUCCUAAAGGAAUACGAAGCGACAUACUGGGACGUCAGAAACCCGAUUCGAAAACAUGAGAAAAGUAGCCGCCGCUCCAAUGUAAACAAGAAGACGUUUUUCACGGACCUCCACGACUUUGCCCGGCAUGCCUUCCACUACAGCGAGAUCAUCGGUGUCGCCGAGCACACUCUUUCCCGGCUCAUAGAGGAGCAGGAACGGUGGCGAAAGGAAGAUGAAGCUGGGAUGAGGGAGAGAGGCGCUAUAAAAUACUGGCUGGACUCGCAUCAGGAGCUGCUCCUCCAGCAGAAGAAUGCGUAUGCUCUCAAGGCGAAGUCGAAAUCGCUGAACGAGCGGUUGCUGAAUGAGAUUAAUUUAGCUGAUGGCGAGAGGAUGAAGACCAUCGCAUUUGUCAGUAUGGUGUAUCUUCCGGGUACUUUUGUUUCUGGUGUCUUUGGAACAAAUUUCUUCGACUUUGACUCUCCCUCGGAAGGCGGAUGGGCGCAUUCGCAUUUCUGGCUGUACUGGGCUGUAGCGCUUCCCUUGACAUUUGCCACAAUGGGCGUCUGGCUAGCGUGGCACCGGAGAGGUGCGAUCCAUAAACGCUUUGAUUCGUUAUCGUCUUGGCUACACCGCAAGGACAAAGCGGAUUCUGAACAGCUUCAGAGGAAGGGGACAGAGCUGAGCAUUCUGGGAAUUGCGAGGGCAGCUACAAGACGUCAUUGGGAGAAUGUACGGGGGAGGGAGAGCGUCUAA